AUUUUUGUUCGUGACGGUCGUAGAAGAGUGCUCGUCUGUUGAUUGCAAAACAUGAUAAAACGCAGAAAACGAAAAGAAAAAGAGGCGAAGUACAAGUAAAUACAGCUGCAGUGCCCCUCCUACCUGCUCUUUCUCGACGAGCCAAGUUGUUGGAUCGACCAGUAUACCGCGUACCGUUUGGUCGAGAAAGAAACACUCAUGGCCUACUGUACGCCAAAAAUCUACGACAUACUACGAGUGGAUGUGUAACCGUGCAGAAGAAGGGGGGCAGUGCUGUUCCGGAGUAAAGGCCUAGCGGAUUUUGCAGAAAGAAAAGCCACGAUGGGUGCGAAGGACUCGAAACCGUCGUGCAUCAGCUACGAAGAGGCUGUCAAACGGGUAACGGACUUGGAGCUACGACGAAUCAAGGAUGCCUUCAAAAGAUCGGCUGGCACUAGCGGUUCAGUGCUUAGCAAAAGUGCCUUCAUGCAGGAUGUGCUCGGCGACGGUGUCCCGUCGGUGGUGGCCGAUUGGCUGUACACGGCUUGUGGUGGCACGGCCAAGGGAAUCGCCUUCAAGGAACUACUCUGCGGGCUGGUGUUGCUGACGAAAGGAACACAGGAUGAGAAAAUAAAAUUUCUCUGGACAUUGUACUGCAAUGAUUCUGGCACGCACAUACUGAAACAGGAAUUCCAAAAAGCCAUACAAAUAGAAACCAACUACCAAAGCAAUGCCACCAACAGCAAUCACACCGCAACCAUCAAUUGUAGCAAUAAUAAUAGUCAAUCGGUAGCGAAUAGGAACAAUACUCAAAUGCAAUGGAACCGUCUGCAGGUGUCACUGUUCGGGCAGAACGAGCGGGUCACGUUCGAGCAGUUCAAGUCCUGGAUUCAGAUGCACCGUGGGGCGACCGCACUGUCCAAGUGGUUGCUGCAGGACGCGUGUGUCAAUCUCAGCUCCGAGCUGGAGACUCCCACCUUCUACCAGAGCCUGGCCGGCGUGACCCAUCUCGAGGAGCAGGACAUUGGCGAUCUGGAGAAGGUUUUCUGGCUUCUGAAGGGAGCCGCUAUUACGGGGCAGCUGGAUUUGGAGUCACUCGGACCGCUGGUUAGUCCGCCCGUUCCGCUGGCAGCAUUGGGUGGCGUUUUCCUCGCCUUCGACGAGAAUCACGACGGGCACAUCGAUUUCAAGGAGCUGUGCUGCGGCGUUAGUGCCGCCUGCCGCGGCCCAAGCGUCGAAAGGAGCAAGUUCUGCUUCAAAGUGUUCGACAUCGAUCGAGAUGGAGUGCUUAGUUUCGUGGAGGUCCGCCAAAUGAUCGACAUACUGCUUUCGGUGGCCCGGGAAGCCAAUGCCGCCGGGUACCGUAAUUUGACGCAUGAAAAGGUUCUAUUGGAGUUGUACCGGAAGGCGAUGGAAUCGUCGGGAAGUUCGGAGCGAGUUAGCGAAGUUGCCGGAGUGUCGGAUGUGCCAGAGUUUAAGUUUACCCAGGAGGAUUUUCUCAUUUGGAGCAUUGAGAGCAGGUCGAACUUGGUUCAGCCGUUUUUGGACCUGCUGUUCGAAGUGUGCCACAUUGUACUCGGCUUGCGCCCACAGUGUCGCCAUCUGGAGGGAGACAUCGUUCGUGGAUGGCUUGCGCGGGAAGUGCGCCGUGGAUACAAAGUUGGACAGUUUUGGUAUCUGAUUUCGUCGGAUUGGUGGCAACACUGGUCCCAGUACACGCAGCAGCUGACUCCGUCGAGUUCCUCGUGCAUACACUGCAAGACCACGGGGGCCGGUUACGCGAGCAAUCGGACGGGAAGCGCAGGAUUUGGAGCAGCUGGUGGAGCCCCGAUUGGAAAUGGCAUCGCUGGAGUCGGGGGUGCGGGAAAUGUGGAUGAAGCAAUGAUCUGUGAUGAAAGCUUUACGUCCAACUCGACGGAGAGUAUGGGCGAUCUGUUGGGAGCGGGAGAUUCGUCCAGUCUGGGCUCGGGGAGCAGCGGAAUUUCGUACGGCCGGCACCCUGGCAGUGCCCCUGGAACGAUCGACAAUGGGAGUUUGAUUGCACCGCACAUUUACAAGCAGAUUCCAACGCUCACUGGCGAGGGUGGUCGGCUCAAGCGGGAUCUUACGCUGGUGCAGCAUCGAGACUUUGAGCUUGUGCCGGACUCACUGUGGAAGGCACUGGCGCAAUGGUACGGUGGACCCUUGCCCCUGCCAAGGCAAGUCAUUCAACCUCACAGCAAUGGAGAGGUCGAGCUGGAGUUGUAUCCACUGAACUUACGGAUCUUACGUCAUCAGAGCCAAACGCUUCAGCAUCAGCAAAGCUCUCAGAUGGCCGGAGGAAGUGCAUGGGCCAGUAUGUCCGGUGGGUACGGUGCUCUGACGACCGGAAGCUUCCCAACAACGGUAUCAUCGGCCGUUUUGCACCCGCCGAAGAAGUAUCUCGCGUACACGGCCGCAUUUAGUCGGCUAGCGACGGUGAAACAGGUGGCCGAGUUCCUAUGCCAAAGACUGAAGCUGAAAACGGAGGAUAUUCGUGUGUGGCAUCUGGUGCCUACGCCGACCGGAAUUACCGAGUUCCCGUAUCUUCUGGAGGAGGACCACCUAACGUUGAGUGAGCUAUCGAUCUCGGACAACGAUCAGAUCCUGCUCGAAAUUCGCAACAAGGAUCUCACCUGGCCCGAGGAGCUGGGAUCACUGGCCCUGACACAGGGAGCCAGUGGUACGCAGGGCAUGGAUCGUCGGGGAACGGUUUCCUCCAUUCAGUCGCAGCAUCCACCCGGUGCCACCGGGCUCCACAAUUUGGGCAACACGUGCUUCAUGAACGCGGCGCUGCAAGUCCUCUUUAACACACAACCCCUCACGCAGUACUUCAUCAAUAAGAUGCAUCUGUACGAGCUCAAUACGACCAACAAACUGGGCACCAAGGGCCAGUUAGUGUUGCGUUACGCGGAACUUUUGCGUGACGUCUGGACCGCUUCUACUCGCUCGAUUGCACCGCUGAAGCUACGCUUUUGCGUCACGAAACAUGCGCCUCAGUUUUCUGGCGGUGGACAACACGACUCGCAGGAGCUACUCGAUUGGCUCCUGGAUUCGCUUCACGAGGACCUCAACCGAGUGAUGGAGAAACCGUACAGUGAGCUGAAGGAUUCCGAUGGACGGUCCGAUGUGAUCGUAGCGACGGAAGCUUGGAGUCAGCAUCAUGCGCGAAACCAAAGUAUCAUCGUGGAUUUGUUCUAUGGGCAGCUCAAAUCGAAGGUUACCUGCCAGGGCUGCGGCCGCGACUCGGUCCGAUUCGAUCCGUUCAGUCUGCUGAGCCUUCCAUUGCCGGUGGAGAACUACACCUACUGUGAGGUUCUAGUUAUGCUCCUGGAUGGUUCGGUUCCAGUGAAGUAUGGUUUGCGUCUAAACUCCGAGAUGCGGUACUGGGAUCUCAAGAAGCAGCUAAGCGAUCUGUGUGGCCUAGAUCCGGAGCAAAUGUUAGUAUCGGAGCUGUCCAACUCACAGAUCCGGUUCAUUUUGCCGAACGAGCAUCGGAUUAAACCGAGCUCGGCUUGCGAGCUGUACGUGUACGAGCUGCCGAAAGUGGACAGUAGUGUACUACGGUCACGUGCCGGAUCAGAGCUGGGCAUUAAUAUCGAGAAAGGACUUAAGGACAUCCAGCGGAAUCAAGCUCUUCUACUACCGUCAUUAGACCCGCACCAGCUAACGACCAGCUCGAUCGCCACCACCAUAUCGUCCGCAUCGUCGUCCGCUUCCUCCUCCUCCUCCACGGCAGCCAUGGCGGAUGAUACGGUGGCCAUUACAGGGCGCACGAAGCCACCGAUCGCGGAAAGCCGCCUGGUGGUUGUUGAUGGUAGUGCCGGAGCAGCCAGCACGGCCAUUACCAACGGCAUCCUUUCCGGCACCGGUGGCACUGGCGGCGGAGGUGUGGGGGGCGGCAGCGGCGAAAGUAACGGUACGACGCUGGCUAACCGCAGGACUUCUGCCACGUCGAAGCACAUUCCCGAAAUUAGUGCGAGUCCGGACAGCACGUUCAUCUAUGGCGGAGGCCAGUAUAGCGAAAUUACGAUGGCAUAUGGUGGGGCAAAUAAUUAUCAGCAAAAACCGUCGGCCAUCCAGCAGCCAACGAAAGAGGCGAACAGAUCGAAGACGAUAUCGACCACCAAUUUGUUGAACAACGGUGACAACAAUGGGUGGGACAGCAAUAACCGUGUUCUGGUCGGCCCUGGUGGCUCAUACGAUGGUGGCGCUAACCACCAACACCACUACCACCAUCCCGGGUAUGAGUGCAGCGAUUGCGAUAACAUCUACAUGAGUGAAGACACUGAUUUCCAACAUUCGGACACCAUAAGUUUGGGCGCAAUGAGCAAACGGCUACCGCCCGUGCCGUAUGGGGUAGGAGGUGGUGCUGCGCAGAAGGCAAACUACCUUAUAGCGGUCCACCGGAAGCUAAGCCGACAGGAUACGUACUUCCUCUCACACCACAAAUCGAAACCGGGCCUUUUCGGGGUGCCUCUGCUGAUUCCGUGCUACGACGGUGUGACCAACAAGGAGCUCUACUGUUCCGUGUGGUUACAGGUGGCCCGCUUACUCAGCCCCCUUCCGCCGACACCACCCGAUCAAUCGAACCACGCAACCGACUGUGAUGACAGCCUAGGGUAUGACUUUCCGUUCACUUUACGAGCGGUGGCAAGCGGUGGACGUGUUUGUGCCCUAUGUCCGUGGUCACGUUUCUGUCGCGGUUGUGAGAUCCCGUGCAACGAUGGCCCCCUCUUGCAAGGGUUGAUUUGUUCAGUUCCCGCUUCAUCGAGCAACGUUUCCACACCAAACUUGUCAUCCCGCGAACAGACACCUACCUUCCGUCGAAAGGUGUACGCGACGAACUCAUCGUCUGGCUCGUCGUCACUGGAAGGUGCAGCCACUACUAAUCAACAACCUCCGCCGCCACCGACGUCGAAUGGUACGGCGGGUGGCUCAUCUUCGUCACCGAUGUCAUCCUUGCAGGGUUCCAUUAAUACACGCUCUAUUCAGAUUGCCAUCGAUUGGGACCCAACGGCACUUCAUCUACGCUAUCAGAGCACACGCGAAAGGCUGUGGACGGAACAUGAAUCUGUAGCCAUCUGCCGCAAGCAGCAGACGGAACCGGUCGAUCUGGAUCAUUGCCUGAGGGCGUUCACGUCGGAAGAGAAGCUUGAGCAAUGGUACCACUGCUCGCACUGCAAGCAAAAGAAACCGGCAACUAAAAAGCUUCAGAUAUGGAAACUGCCUCCCAUUUUGAUCGUUCACUUGAAGCGCUUCAACUACGUCAAUGGCAAAUGGGUAAAGUCUCAGAAGGUGGUAAACUUCCCAUACGAAGAUUUCGAUCCAACGCCGUACCUGGCUUCAGUGCCACAGGAAACGAUAUUGCGGCAUCGUGAUUUACUCGAUGGCACGCGCGGGGACGGACGUAAUCGCGAUUGCCAGGAAGAGUUUGUCGAGUUCGAUCGGGAAAUGUCAAUGAUCGAUGAGGCUAGCGACGAGGUGUCACUCUCGUCGUUACACGUGAACGGCCUAAAUGAUGGAAUGGUCAACGGCGAAACGGAAAGCGAUGAGUCACGGAACAGUAUUAGUCUCCCUGCCAUCGCUGGGAUGACCCAUGUAGUGGCACCAAGUGCAAGUGGACAGUUGAAAGACGGUGGUGUUGAUGUUGGUGACAGUGGACAGACAACGCCUCGACCGAAGCCUCAGCCUUCCUUAGUGCAUAGCAGUGAUUCGACUCGUAGGCAACGGUUAGUUUCUACGAGCCUUACCAAGACUCCAAUCAUCGAUGGAGACUUGACGGAUUACCACAAACACCAUUUGAAGCCAGAUUGCGAUCCAUUUGAACUGAAGUAUCAGUUGUACGCCGCUGUGUGCCACUCUGGUAUGCUGAACGGUGGCCAUUACAUCUCGUACGCGGCCAAUCCGAACGGAUCUUGGUAUUGCUACAACGACAGCUCAUGCCGGGAGAUACCGACGCGACCCAAAAUCGAUCCCAGCACGGCCUAUCUGUUGUUCUACGAGCGCCGGGACCUAGACUAUGGUCCGUACCUUCCCAAGGUGGACGAUCGGCAACUGCCCAGCGAGAGUCUCCUCGACGCGGACGACAGUGAUAGUGACCUAAAGAAGAUGUGCACGCUUAUGUAAACGGCGCAAAGAUGGCGUUUAGGCUUCUAGCAAAAGCAACAACGAACAUAACUCACAUGCUGUUUUCGUACCGUCGUACCGCGCGAAUAGUUUAGCGAAUGUCGAUCUCAGAGUUCUACAAACCAACCGAAAGCAAGCUGGCCACAGCUUCUUCUCCGGGGUGCGUUCUGUAGGUUCUUCUGGAUCUUAGAACCUCGUCGGUGAUGUUUUUUUAAAUUUUUCGUAUGAAAAGAGCGUCAUAGAAUCAGUUAACAAUACACACAAGGGACUAUUUUACUGGAACCGCAAGUAACGCAGCGAAUCACAAUGCUUUGUUGAGGCUUUGCAGAGGAAAACUUGGAUUGCUUGGAUUUUGCUUCGCCGGGCCAGCGAUGCUUACAAGCAGGCGGCGGUUGUAUUAUUUAGGAAAAAGCUAAAGUUGUGUAGUCCGUAUCAUUCCGUAAACAUGGACGGUAGGCAAAGAAGGAAGCAAUUUCGCUUGGUGCUUUACAUUACGCCUAAGACUACACUGUUGAGUAAUAUGUUGUAUAAACAGACACUAAAGUAAACGUGUUUGGGGAUCUUCUACAAGUAAUUUAUGGCUAUUAUAAGUAAUCGAUAUUAUUAACACACUAAAAGCGUAACGAGAGGAACCGGCAGAGACCGUUUCGCUAGGGAUCUCUCCCGGAAGUUCUACGUUCGUUUUUAUAAAGAUAAGCUUCUGUCUGGAAUUGAAAUGUGCUACACAGUUCAGGGCGCUCGCUCUGCGUCGAAAACGAUGAUAAGUUGCACGAGGGGUUCGUGAUGAACACCUCUAUAUUUUGUUUAAAUUGAUAUGUUUACGAAUAUUUGUGAAGAUAAGAAGAUCACAUCAUCGUCCCUUUCUGUUAUAGUUCUCAUUUGUUAUCAACCAACCAACUAUCACCGCGUGUACCCGCGGAUAAGCGGAAACGUUCCUUUUUAACUUAAAGUAAGUUUAUUUUCACGCCGAAAAGUGCGUUUAGCUACUCCCCAUACUUUUUUUUUGUCAACACUGUUUCCGUUAUGUUUGUACACUGUAUAUGUUUGUUGAGCAGCAGAGAGUCGUUGUUAUGAAAAUAAGUGUGAAAGCGAAUAGACUUCCCAUGGCGCGGAACGGCACUUCGGAAGGCAGUAGUUAUACGGCAGGUUGGUUGAGUUUAUCAUCUGUUUAUUUGUAUGUGCCCUACCGGUGGAC